AUGUGUGUAGUCAUUGAUGAUGGCAAUGCGAAGUGCUGGGGAUGGAAUGCAUAUGGCCAAUGUGCAAUCGGAACAAGUGCGGACGUCGGCGGUGUGGGCUUUGACGGAACUUCUCCUGUUGCCAUGCUGGGCGCAGGCCGAACGGUGCAGCAAGUGGCUGGAGGCUGGUACCACAUGUGUGCCUUGCUUGAUGGCGGGAGUGUGAAAUGCUGGGGCUGGGGAGGAGAAACGCUUGGGUAUGGAGAUACCACGAACCGGGGAACAAACGUUAAUGAACUUGGAGAGAAUCUACCAGAAGUUGACCUCGGGACGGGCAAGGUAGCAAAAGCACUCUAUUCGGGCUAUGGCUCCAUCUGUGUCAUCCUCACAGAUGACUCGACCAAGUGCUGGGGGAAAGCUCCUGAGGUGCCAUACGGAGACAGCGUCGUGCGCGGGACUGCACCCGGCGAAAUGGGUGACAAUCUCUCGACCAUCGACUUCGGCACAGGAAGGCACGCAACUCACAUCAGCACGGGUGAUAACAUCGGAUGUGCUGUCCUGGAUGAUGGUGGUGUGAAGUGUUGGGCAGCCAGCAAUGCAGCGGGAAAACUUGGACAAGACAUCACUGGCCUGGCGAUGGGAGAUUCCUUUCCCCCCAUCCGCCUGGGAACUGGAAAGGUUGCUGUCAAAGUUUCAACGAAGACUUCACAUGCCUGUGCCGUUUUCGACGACGGUACGCUGAAGUGCUGGGGCCCCAAUUCUAAUGGCCAACUAGGGCUGGGAGACAGUCUUAAUCGUGGUGAGACAGGUGUGGAGAUGGGGGACAACCUCCCUGCUGUGGACGUGGGCACAGGCCGUACAGUCACGAGCGUCAGCGUCAGCGCCUCCUUUACAUGCGCUGUUCUUGAUGAUGGUAGCUCGAAAUGCUGGGGCAGCUCGGGAAGUAAUGGACAGUUGGGACAAGGAGACAGCAUUUCUCGAGGAGCAGCAGCCAACACGAUGGGCGACUACCUGCCCCCGAUUGACUUGGGCAUUAACCCUCUCAAGCGCUACAGCUACAACGAGUACCUCCACGUCAAAAACAUCCUCAUCCACAAUAACCUCUACAACGACUCGCUCAGCGACGACAACCUCCACUUCGACAACCUCAACGACAGACAGCUCUGUGACAACAAGCUCCGCAACGAUGCUACAGAGUCCACAGUUACCCCCACCGAGCCGCCUCCUUUGGAUGAUCAGGCCUUUGCGCGGCUGGAGCAACAGAGAAAGGAGGAGGCUGCGGCAGCGGUGAACGCGCUGGACUCUGCCGAGGAGGCAGCAGUUGGUCAGUCGCUGCAGUUGUUGUCGUCCUUGCUGGAGAACAGCAACGCCACGGACGGGGCGGUUUUCCUUGCCGAAGUGUCUGUGGCCACUGAUGCCGGAGUUCUGAAGGUUGUGGCCUUGUCAGCCACCUCGGUUGCGCCUGAGAGCAAUGUCAGCGUCGGCGGCGAGGACGGGACCAGCGUCACCGUGCCGGGGACUGUCCUGCAGCAAGCCGCAGCUGCUGCCGGCUCGGGUUUAGUCUUGCUCAGCGUCACAUCACUUUCGGAGAAUGUCACGGACAAGAUUGGCAGUGACGAUGCCCGGUUGGGUCGGCGGCUAGCCACGGCGGCUUCCGCGCUCAGAGGGCAGUCAGUCAGCCUCAACUUCCGUGAUGCAGAAGGGAGGCGGAUAGAAGUCAAGAACCUGGAAACCCCCAUGGAGAUGGUGCUGCAAGUGGAAAACGAGAAUGCUACCUGUGCCUACUAUGACGAAGCAACCUUGAGUUGGUCAGAAGAGGGCCUGGAGACAGUUAUGGACGGCAUACCUGGGCAAAUCACUUGCCGUACGACGCAUCUCUCAAUCUUUGGAGGUGUUCUACAAUUUGUCCUCUCCAAUGUCAUAGCCACUUUGAAGUGCAGCACGGCGGCGCAGCUACUCUCUGCAGAAGCCCUCGCCAUGCUGGGUACGUCUGCUUGGCUCAGCUACGGGCCCUCCGUGGUGAUUUUCGUCUCCUUAGCUGUCUUCGCGAUGGUUUUCGGCUGUGCUUUACGCAUGGAUCGCCGUGCCAACCAAGCCAUCCCUUGGGAGAAGAAGGAGCCUGUUCUCCUGCGCAAGAAGACGACAGUUGCACAGUUGAUUGAGGAGCUGCCUCCGGAGGAGCCGAAAACGUGCUGGGAGCGCAUUAAAAGCGUCAUCGGGGCGGCUGUUGACUGGACACUGUGGUUCAUUGGCUUGCUCUUCGGAUACGAAAACUUGGCUGAGGUUGUAAAGGAGUUCCUUCCCAACGCCCCGGUCUCCACCGUGAAUCGAUGUAUCACCACCAUCCAUGCGCACAAGACCGGAACCUCCAGAGACAGCAUCGACGGUGUCAAAAAGCUGUCCAAGACCUUCUCCCGCUCCAUGAGCAUGACAUGA